GGGAACGCGCUGAGAAGCUCUGCGGGCCCAGGAAGGCAGCCCAUGUCUUCAUUUCUCCGUGAACUCGGUAAAGCAGUCCGGGCCCUGGAGAGCCGUGUCGCCACAAUCACCGAGGUGGUGCAGCCGGUCCCCGCAGAGCUUCCCCAGCGGUGGCAGGCAGACGCACGGGCCAGGGCGGCGCAAGCGGUGGACCAAGCGCUCGACAACUGGGAGGCGCUCGAGGCCAGCGGCAGCAGCAGCGGCGGCGGCAGUCCUGUUGGCAGCACCCCUAGCGGCAGCGGCGGCAGCGGCACACAGGCCACGGCGCAAUGACACUGCCUGGCAGGGCUGCAGUGCGUUCAGGCACAACUAUCUGGCGGAUGCCUAGCCUACAGCUGCCACACCGGAACCAGCAGGCCACCUGCGCAGCACUGCAGGCUGCACAGCAGCACAUUGAUGCGUGCUGCGCCCUCCCAGGCACCCAUCCCAGGCACUAUCGGCGGUCUGGCGGCAGCUGCAGGUGUGUUGGGCCGGCACGGCGGCUCCCUUCUGCCGCCGGUGCUGCACGAGCGGCUGGGGCCACAGCUGGGGACAGCAACAGCGAUGCCUUCAGCCAGACCCUGCAGCCCGCCACGGCUGCACCCUUGCCGCCCUUCUCCGCCUGGCCAGCUACGGCGCGUGUGGCUCUGCGCACCGGCGCGUACAUCGCCGUGUUCGGGCUGUGCGUCUUCUGCCUGCCCGCAGCCACUUUUGGUGCUCUGUUUGAUGCCAGCCGCGUGGCGGCAGGCUGGGUGCGGGUGGGCGGCGUGCUGGCCUCUCUGUACGGCUGGUACUACAUAGGAGCAGCUCUCGAUGAUGUGGCAGGUCGCCAUCCGAGGCACUUCUACGCCAGCACCAUCGCCGGCAGGCUGCUCCUGUCGGCGGCAUUUGCCGGGCUGGUGGCGGCGCGGCAGUGUGAGCCUGCGCUGCUGUGGCUGGCAGCCGCCAAUGCUGCCAGCAGCCUGCUGCUGUGGCGUGCAUCUGCGGCGCUGCUUGUGCCCCCUCUCGUGGGGCCUAUAUCCCAGCGGCGGCUCCUCCUCAAAGCAAAGCGGCUUGCAAAAGCGACACUGAACAUUGCGUUGGCUGGUCAGUGCGGGGGAGCAGGAGGGAGCACGGGCUCAGGGCAGGCAUAUACAUUCGUGGUAAUAUGGAUGGGAGUGUCCAUCUCUGUGAUUUUGUUUAAUAAAUGGCUGCUGGCCUACUCGGGCUUCCCCUUCCCCAUAGCGCUCACUAUGUGGCACAUGACCUUCUGCUCCACCGUGGGCUUCAUCUGCAUCCGGGUGCUGAAGCUGGUGAAGAGCCACAACCUGUCGCCGCAGGACUACUUCCAGCGAGUGAUGCCAAUCGGCGUCCUGUACGCGGCGAGCCUCUGGCUCAGCAAUUCAGCCUACCUCUACCUCUCAGUCUCCUUCAUCCAAAUGACCAAGUCGCUCAUGCCGGGGCUAGUGUACGCCUCCGGCGUGGCGUUGGGGACGGAGCAGUACCAGUGGGACUCUGCGGCCAACAUGCUGCUGAUUGCGUUUGGCGUGGUGGUGUGCGCCCUGGGCGAGGCCAACCUGGUCAUCAAGGGCCUCCUGCAGCAGCUGGUGGCGCUACUCUUUGAGGCUGCACGGCUCACGCUGGUCCAGAUCCUUAUAAACGCGCGGGGCCUGGCCAUGAACCCGCUGCAAAGCCUGUACUACGUCUCGCCGGCGUGCCUGGUGUGCCUGUGCGUCCCAUUCGUGCUAGUCGAGGCGCGCCCCUUCUUCACCAACCCACCCGUCAUGUACCCCUCAGUCUUCAUCGCCAAUGCCCUGGCAGCCUUCGCCCUCAACCUGGCCGUGUUCCUGCUGAUCGGCAAGACAUCGGCGCUGACGAUGAACAUUGCUGGGGUGAUCAAGGAUUGGAUGCUCAUCUUCUUCUCCUUCUACAUCUUCAAGGCCCCCGUCACCCGCCUCAACCUCUUUGGCUACGCCUUCUGCUGCACCGGCGUGGCCAUUUACAACUACCAGAAGCUGCAGCUGCUGAAAAAGAAGGCGCUGCAGAAGGCAAAGGAUGCCCCCAAGAGCGACGCGGAGGCAGCGGCCAACGGCAGCAUAGACACCAGCGGCAAGACAGAAGGCAGCAAGGAGGUGAAGGCUGGGCAGUCCUCCUCCUCGCACUUCGAGGGCAUCGAGUGCUGCUGGAACACGCGCUGGCACUUGCUGCACUGCGCCACCACCGGCACAAAGCGGAUGAACUUGUUGGCGCUGCGCUUGCCCUUGCGGUGCGGCGACACCUGCGAAUCAGGCAUGGGACCGUUUGGCGUCGAGGUCACUGUGUCCUCCCUCUCUGGCGAGAUGGCAGGGGACGCGCCGGUUAUGAAGGCCACGCAGGAGGAGAUGGAGGCGGGCAACAUCGACAUGGCCUCUAGGGACUUCUGCGCACACAUCCUCCUAAAGCUCAACAAGUGCCGGCGCGAUAGCUUGUUUGUGCCCUGGAAGUGCGAGCACGAACGGCAUGCGUAUGAGCUGUGCGAGUACAAAGAUUAUAAGCGGCGUGUGGCGGCAGCGACGGCAGCGGCCCAGGCUAGCACCUGAGCUUUCCCGGUGGCUUGCGCAGAUCCAACAACCUACAAGCCCUUGUUCUAUGCGCUCAGCGUAUCCAAACCUGUAAGGAAUGCAAUUGGGCAAA